CGCGUGUUAGAGUGAGCGGGGCCGCGCACGGUUAUGUCCGGGCUGACAGCAUGGAUCACCGGGUGUUCUGGGUGUUUGUGUCCGCAGCGUGCCUCCUCUCCCUCCCUGUGUACCCUCUGGUCGGGCAGACCUACCCACUGACGGAUGAGGGGGGUCUGGGCAGAGUGUUUGACGGGAUCGGGGGGUUGAGCGGUGGAGGGGCCACAUCCCGGUUACUGGUAAACUAUGCUGAACCGUACCGGAGCCAGAUCCUGGACUACAUGUUUAAGCCGAACUUUGGAGCCUCUUUGCACAUUCUGAAGGUAGAAAUAGGAGGAGAUGCUCAGACUACAGAUGGAACGGAGCCUUCACACAUGCACUACGAGAACGAUGAGAACUACUUUAGAGGCUACGAGUGGUGGCUGAUGAAGGAGGCCAAGAAGAGGAACCCGAACAUAACACUCAUAGCUUUGCCCUGGGCGUUCCCUGGCUGGGUCGGCCGUGGGAAGAACUGGCCCUAUGACUUUCCAGAUGUUACUGCAGCAUAUGUGGUGAACUGGAUCCUGGGAGCCAAGAAGUACCACGACUUGGACAUUCAGUAUAUUGGGAUCUGGAAUGAGAGGACGUUUGACUCAAAGUACAUCAAGCUGCUGCGGUACACUCUGGAUAAGACCGGUCUGGAGUCUGUUCGGAUUGUAGCCAGCGAUAAUCUGUGGGAGCCCAUUACCGUGUCGCUGAUGCUCGACCCAGAGCUCAGCAGCGCCGUAGACGUGAUAGGGGCUCAUUAUCCAGGAACCACCACAGUGCCGCAGGCCCUGAAGACCCAAAAAAAGCUGUGGUCAUCGGAGGACUACAGCACCUUCAACGAUGAGGUGGGAGGAGGCUGCUGGGCGCGCAUCCUCAACCAGAACUACGUAAAUGGACAAAUGACUGCAACCAUCUCCUGGAACCUGGUGGCCAGUUACUACGAGGAACUACCGUUCGGCAGAGAUGGGCUGAUGACAGCUCAGGAACCUUGGAGCGGAAAUUACGUGGUGGAGUCUCCGAUCUGGAUUACGGCUCACAGCACACAGUUCACUCAGCCCGGAUGGACGUACCUGAAGACUGUAGGACAUUUGUCUCAGGGAGGAAGUUAUGUGGCCCUGACUGACGGGUACGGAAACCUGACUGUUGUCAUAGAAACCAUGGCUCACGAUCACUCCAUCUGCAUCAGACCUCCACUCCCUCCGUUCAAUGUCACGUCCCAGAAUGCAACCUUUCAGCUGAAGGGAUCCUUCGCCUCCAUCAAAGAGCUGCAGGUGUGGAGGUCACACUUUGACUUCAAGUCCAAGAAGCACUUGCUGUUUGACAAACUGACUCCUGUGAAGCUGUUAGAUGGAUUGUUUACUCUGAAUCUGGCUGAAGAUGAAGUUUAUACUCUUACCACCAUCAGGACGGGACAGAAGGGAAGUUUCCCUGAGCCGCCGCCUUCAGCCCGCUUUCCUAAAGCCUACAAGGACAACUUUGAUAUUCGAAACCCUCCGUUCUCCGAGGCCCCUAACUUCGCUGACCAAACGGGCGUGUUCGAGUACUACAUUAACCUGACAGACCCCGGACCUCACGCUUUCACGCUGCGACAGGUCGUGACAGAGAGGCCUAUCACCUGGGCAGCAGACUCCGAUCAAACCGUCAGCGUCAUCGGAGACUAUCUGUGGCAGAACGUGACGGUCACCUGCGACGUAUUCAUGGAGAACGUAAAGAGCGGCGGUGUGUUCGUGGCAGUCAGGGUGGAUAAAGGGGGCCAGUCAAUACGCAGCGCUAAAGGAGUCUUCUUCUGGGUGUUUGCCAAUGGAUUGUACAGGGUUACCAAUGAUCUGGCUGGACAGACGGUGCUGGCAGAGGGAGCAUCGGGAACCGGAGUAUUUGGUUGGUACAACUUAUCCCUCUCUGUAAAGGGUCAGAGCGCCUCAGGGAUCCUGGAUGGACGGCAGCUAUGGAAGAUUGCAGAGGUUUCUGCACCAAAAAAUGGAUGGGCAGCAAUUGGAACGCAGUCGUUUGAACUGGCGCAGUUUGAUAACUUUGCUGUGUUGGCAGAGUAAAGAUGGAUCAGGGAAAUUGUUUAACAUUAAAAAGCUUUGGAACCUCAAUUUAUUUUGCACAAAUCAAGAGAACAGAUGCGACAUGAUGAUGGAAAGUGCACUGGAGCUCUGACCAUUGCUUCAUUGUUAACUUUGCACUGUUUUUGUUUCUUACUGAUUUUGUUUUUUUUUAUUUAAUGUUGAAGACUAAAUGUUUCACCUUCCAGGGAACACAUAAAGACUCAAGGAGCUGUUAAGGGAACAUGUUGAAUUAACUGUAUUACCAUGAAUUAUAAAUCAGAAAAUUAAUGUGAUUAAUCUAUUUUGUCCAGGUGGAUAAAUUCUUCUGGUUUCGCUGUGUUUGAAGACCUUUUUUUGUUUUCCUGAAUUUGUUUUUGUAAAUAUUUUCAUGAAAAGAUGGAUGAUUAAAAAGAAUCCAUAUUUCUAACAUUUAA